GCUCCGAAGGGGAUCCAGGCCGGAUGCCGUGCCUCUGGUCGUCUCUGGUCCCUUGUGAGAUGACUCAAACAUGGGAUCCACCCCUGUUUGCCCUUGCGAUUGUGGCUCAAGCGGUAACCGCAUAUCGAACCUGGACUCUCACAGGCGUGUGGGUGGAACUGCAGAUGGAGUACUUGCACUACCCGGUUCAGUUCGGCAAGGGGACUGGAACGCGAGAACAGAUGUUCUGGCUUUGCGGCAUUGUGUUCGUGCAGGCCCUUCUGACAGUUGCUCGCCUGAUCUACCUUUUCGACACGCUCGGAGGCUUCUUGAUGGGAGUCGUCGCGUUUAUUGGAUGGUACUGUGCCAAAAAAGGCAUGGACAUCACUCUGACCAGCCUGUGGGGCCUAGCGAGCGGACUCCUUUUCAUAUACGACUUCUUCGGCGCCCUUACAGGUGCAGUUGUGAACACCUUCAAGCUCGACUUCGUCAGAGUUGCAGUCCUGCUUGCCCUUCCACUCACUGACUUUCUGGCUGCUAGCUUCGGGUGGGAGCUCUUCAAGGAACAUGAGCGGAACGGAGGACUUCUCAAGCCGAUCUUCGCGGGCGGACAGGCCGUACCUGCAAAGCGGAUGGACGAAGAGCAGGGCAUCACCAAGCCGAAGCUCGAUAUAUGGAAGGGGACAGAGGGUACGGCGCCGUACCCGCCGCACGCACCUUACGGCUAUCCCGGGACCGGAAACUUUGCCGGGCAGGAGAUGCAGAAUGCGGCCGAUGGCUUUGUUAAGCCAACAACCCGACAUGAGAGCAAUGUCUGUUUCUAG